UCGUCUGUUGCUCUUCCCCCUUCUCUCUCCCUCUCGCUGCUGUAACAAGUAAACGUCAAGUGAAGUUCCAGCAGCGAAACGAGGUCAGUUUCAAAGGAGCAACAAAAAGUUUAGGUCUCGCAGGGAGACUGGAGACAGAUAGCUGAAGAUAAGUUCACGUCUUUCAAUAAAGAUGUGUAGCUGUUAACGCAAGCUGCAACAGACUAAUUGGCCCUUUGAAGUCUAAAGUCGGAGCUGCCCAAAGAUUUGCCUCUUUAAUUGAUGAUUGCUUCCUUCAGUGCACACUGACAGCUUAAAUUGACUGAAUCUCCAUCUUUACGCUGACAACUUCUGAAUCUCCUAACAAUGAAAUAUUACUCUUUGCAGUUCCUGCCUAAACCUCCAUCCAGGAAGUUGUGUCCUGCAGAACAGCCCUAGACAGUAAACUAUCUUCUGAAAAUCCAAUGGUGAAUUUAAUUUUUAAUUAAUGCAAGAGUCAGAUAACAGACUAUUACGUCACACCCCUCCACAAGCCACAAGGCCAAAAGUGUUAACAGCCAACCCAGACCAUAUUUAACAUCAGAAACUAUGUGAAGUUAGGAGAGAAAAUAAAAUCUCUGUAUGACCACCCUGAUGAUCACAUGCUUUUUUAUAUUAAAAGUAAACCACUUCAAAAAUAUAUAGAAAAUAUUUUCUGUCGAACUGCGUAUUCCUGCUCACGGAAUCAGUCUUCAAGUCAAGAAUAGUGUAAAAUUCUUUUGUUUUUAAAAAAAACAGUACAAAUGAUUUGAAUUUUAAAAAAUUUUCAUGCCUAUUUCUGUGCCAAAAAAAAAAUAAUGGGAAAAUUAGUUAAUGUGCAGUUUUAUUUGCCAUCCUUGUAUUACAUUCCUGUAUUAAGGUUCAGGUUGUACUGAUGUAUCUGAUUUUGUACAAGUCCAUCUGUUGUGCAACAAACUCCAUCAGCCUUCUAUCUCCACACUUUUCUUCAAGUCGAUUAAAGUUGUAGGGAUACCAAGGAUUCAAAAAUGAGUUUAGGGAAGUUGCCGGUCCUCAAGAACCUGGUCUCCAACUCUCAUAGCAAGCGUAGGUUCAAGUCCGAGCUGACCCCUGACAUGAUUAGCUCGCCAUUGGGCGACUUCCGUCACACAAUGCACGUAGGCCGAGGUGGAGAUGUGUUUGGUGACACUUCCUUCCUCAGUGACCAUGGAGGGGAGAAGGCGCGAGAGACUGCUAAGUCCAACCCGCUCGUCCGAGCACUGAGGAAUGUCAGGAAGUCACCGAUGAGGAGCCGCAAUAGUAGCCGAGAGAUGUCGCCUCCACCAGCAGUGUCCCCAAUCAUUAAGAAUGCUGUCUCCCUGCCACAUCUGUUAGAGACAAAGAAUGGGUCAGUGGAGCGACUGAAUUUCAAAAGCGUGGUGUCAAGUCCAGGAGUGAUGGAUGGAUCAUAUGGAUUGGAAUCGGGAUUCUGCACCCUUCCGAGGUGGUCCAGGUUGGACAAGCCGAAGGAGAGCCCCGCCGCAGCAAAAUCGGAGAGACGGAUGGACAACUUGGACGCGGCGGACUUCGAGCUUCCCCGCAAUGACUCCUUGCUGUCCUUCAGCCUGGACCUGGGGCCCUCCCUGAUGGCCGAGGUGCUGGGGGUCAUGGCCAAGGAGAGCCCCGGGAGCUCGGCAAAGGCCGCGUCUCCGGUGAGAUUUGACCUGGGAGGUUCUUUCGGACAGGCAGCACCUCAGGGAAACGACAGCGCUCACGGGAAGGGGGAGAGGGGCUUGUCAGUCGCGGCACGGAAGGGCACUUACCAGCAGAAGGGCGGUGCGGACCUGCACCCCGAGGAUCUGAACGGCUUGGGGGGGCCGCAGGACUUUACUUCGGAGCGCCAUGUUCUCCGGCAUUGCGGCGGCGGCGGCGCCAUCGGUUAUCCGGAUUCAAACGACGCUCGUGGCACGAGGGGCGGCGCCGGCGGCAGCCUGCGAGCGGGCACGCGGCAGCUCGCGCCGCGGGAGGCGGUUGGCGCUCGCGAGGGCAGCCCGCCAACGGACAGCGGCGCCCCCGGCCGCCAUUUUGUCGCCGCGCCGUCGACGGAAUCGUGGCGGUACCGGGCCCCCGAGGAGGCGGACAGCAUUGACAGCAGCAGCAGUAGCAGCCCGGGCAGCUGGAGGAAGCCGUCGCCGUCGACCGGGCAACGUGUGCCAGCGGACGGCGAGGAGAGAGAUAAAGCCACAAAUCCUUUAAAUCGAGAACUGGAAUGGAACUACAUUCAAGAAUUUUGUGACCAGCUGAACAAGGAAUUGGAAGGACCUCAGCUUGCCACAAGAUUUCUGGCACAUAAGAUCCAAUCUCCCCAGGAAUGGGAAGCUAUUCAGGCCUUGACAGUCCUGGAGACAUGUAUGAAAAACUGUGGCAAGCGGUUUCAUAAUGAAGUAGGAAAAUUCAGGUUUUUAAAUGAAUUAAUCAAAGUGGUGUCACCCAAGUAUCUUGGAACGCGAGCUUCUGAGAAAGUAAAAGCUAAAGUUUUAGAACUAAUGUUCAGCUGGACAGUGGGUCUACCAGAUGAGCUGAAGAUCACAGAGGCCUAUCACAUGCUUAAAAAACAAGGAAUUAUAAAACAGGAUCCUGUAUUACCUGAUGAUGAACCCCUUCCGCCACCCCCUCCACGCUCAAAUGCCAUGUUUGAAGAUGAGGAAAAGUCUAAGCUACUGGCCAGACUUCUGAAGAGCAGCCACCCAGAGGACCUCCGAGCUGCAAAUAAAUUAAUCAAGGAGAUGGUUCAAGAGGACCAGAAAAGAAUGGAGAAGAUUUCUAAAAGAGUGAAUGCAAUUGAAGAGGUGAACAACAAUGUUAAACUUCUGAGUGAAAUGCUGGAGAAUUACAGCAAGAACGAAACUUCUGAGAGUAAUGAAGAAAUAAUGAAGGAAUUGUACCAACGAUGCGAAAAGAUGAGGCCCACACUAUUCAGACUGGCCAGUGACACUGAGGACAAUGAUGAGGCACUGGCUGAAAUCCUUCAAGCAAAUGACAACUUAACUCAGGUCAUUAACUUGUAUAAGAAGGUUGUGAAAGGAGAAGAAGUUAAUGGGGUGAUUGAUCUGCCAAACAUUAAAGCCAGCAGUUCAGCUCUACUAGACCUGACGGGGUUGGACACUGGCUCAAAUACUCCUUCCUAUCCUGCUGUCCCUGCCAGUCAGACCUGGAAUCCUGAUCUGGCACAGGAUCUAAGCAGCUCUGUAUCAUUACUAGACGAUGAAUUAAUGUCAUUAGGGCUGAAUGAUCUAGUUCCUAAUGCCGUACCUUCAUCACAGUCUCUUGAAUCAAGUAACUGGAAUACAUUUCAGUCCUCUGAGUCUGAAGAGCUGAGUGGCCCCGUAACCUCAGCAGAAUCCAGCGUAUUGUCCUCUGAAUUGUUGAAGCCAGCAGCUUCGACAGCUGGCCAGCAAACUCCUGCCCCUGCCUGCGUGCCUGCAUCCUCUGGGAGCAGAGCCUUGGAUGACUUGGAUAUGUUGGGGAAAACCCUCCUUCAGCAGUCGUUGCCUCCAGGAUCUCAACAGGUCAAAUGGUCAGCUCCACAGCAAAGACAAACUCUUCGAGAUCUCCAAAAUAAAUCGAACACUAGCACUGCAGUUGCCUUGGGCACAUCGCCACUUUAUCCUGCUUCAAGCAAGAGCGUCUCGCCAGUUAUAAGCACAGCUCUUUCCGCAGGCCUUGCCCUUCAAUCUGAUCAGCCUGCAGCAUUUACAGGCAGCUCUAACUUAGCCACAGCUUCAGCUGCACCAUGUAUAGAGCAGCCUGGGAUGCAGCACGAUGCACAAGGAGGCCUCAAAACCUCACUUAUGCCUCAGCAGGAAAUUUCCCUCACUAAUGUUUUAGUACCUCUAGAAUCAAUUAAACCAAGUAGCAUCUUGCCAGUUACUGUAUAUGAUAAGAAUAGUUUUCGAGUUCUGUUUCAUUUUGCGAAGGAUCCUCCACCAGGGCAGCCAGAUGUUUUGGUUGUUGUCACUUCCAUGAUCAGUACGGCACCACAACCAGUGAAAAAUAUAAGAUUCCAAGCUGCUGUUCCUAAGGUCAUGAAGGUCAAGCUGCAGCCUCCCUCUGGCACCGAGCUACCAGCAUUUAAUCCAAUACUUCAGCCUUCUGCAAUUACACAGGUCUUACUGCUAGCAAACCCACAGAAGGAGAAAGUCCGGUUACGAUACAAGCUCACAUUUACGUUGGGCGAGCAAACCUUCAAUGAGAUGGGAGACGUAGACCAAUUCCCACCUCCAGAGUCGUGGGGAAAGCUCUAACUGGGUCAUAAACAAGGACACUAUACAAUACUACUGCUCUGUUGUUGGGUGACCACCAACAGUUUGCUGAUAAGGUGAACAACGGGCAAUGAUAACUAAAACUGAAUCCUGAUUCAGUUGAUUUCUGAUUUCUAAGGCAGAUCUAAUAGUACACCAUACUUAUCUGGAACGAGACCUCUGUCCUGCUAAUGGGCAGGAUGCUGUUAUUCCCUCCUGUUAGCUGGCAAUGUCAAAAUAGUCCCCUCUCUUUGUAUGGUGGUGUUACACCUGAUGUCAGUGUGUGAUAAAAUUGUUCAAAAAUU